AUGGCGACGCGCUUCGCCAAGGCGGUCGCCGCUCGAGUUGGCUCCGCCGCCGUGCUCGGAGGCGGCGUGCGGGCUGCGCGCGGCGCCAUCACUGCCGUCGGGAAGCGGCUCCCCGAGCUCGUGCCGCCGCUCGAGUUUCCGAGCCGAAUCGAACCGAUCGCAGCGGGCAGCUCGAGCAUCGACAACGACGUCUACGACGACGAUACAGUCGGCUCGAGCUGGCACUCGGACGACCCGACCGACCAGCUCGCCACCCUGCAGCUCCUCAACACGGCGCGCAUCCCCUACUUUGACCGCGUCUGGCGACAGCAGCUCGGGCUGCCGCCUGGGCGGCCUGGCGCCUACCUCGAGGUCGGGUGUGGCGGCGGCAUCGCAACUGUCGCGCUCGCUUCGCUCGGCUACCAGAUGACCGGGAUCGACCCGGCCGCGCGCGCGCUCGACGAGGCUCGCGCCCACGCGCGCGCGCGAGGGCUCGCCGACCGAACCGUGUUCGCGGCGGGCGACGCCUACGACCUGUCGGCCUUCCCGGACGACUCCUUCGACGGCGUGCUGAUGGCGGACGUGAUGGAGCACCUGCUCGAUUUGCCGGCCGCGGUGGCCGAGGUGCGGCGUGUGCUCAAGCCGGGCGGCGUCCUGGUCUUUGACACGAUCAACCGGACGUACAAGUCGUACCUCGCGGCGAUCGUGCUGGCGGAGGAGGUGCUGCAGCUCGUGCCGCCGCGGGUGCACGACUGGCGGCUCUUCCUCAAGCCGCACGAGGCGGCCUUCCUGCUGCAGGACCGCCCCUCCCCACCGCACCCCGCCGCGCCCCGCACCCUCACCCGGCCUCGCCGCCUGUGCUGGCCCACGCAGGCGAACGGCUUCCUCGUCGACACGGCGCAGUUCCGAGGCAUGGCGCCCACCGUCGAGCUCGACCCGCGCAAGCUGCUCCGCUCCGCCGCGCGGGCCCUCCCGAGCGGCAAGCUGCCCCCCCCGCCGCUCUCGCACUUCGUCGAGGUCUCCUCGCUCGAUGUCAACUACCUCGGCUGGGCGCAGCUCGCGCCCCUCUCGAGCGGCGGUGCGGCGGGGCCGACACUGCAGAGCGACAUGCAGCGCUUCCGCCGGAGCGCGACGACGUGA